AUGCACAAGUUACUGGAGAACGCCAUACCGCUAGGGCCUGAGAAGGCCGGGACAAAGAGCUCCACGCCUCUGGAGACGACCGCCGCGAGGCGACAGAGUAUGGACCCUUUGGAUCUCACCAAACCGGGCGCCGCAUUCGCCAGCGUGGAGAAUGUCCGCUGCCCUCACCACUUCGCGCUGCCCAUUCAGUACUUCUGCCUGGACUGCAAGGACGGCGAAGGCUGCUUCUGCAGCGAGUGCGCCUUGACCAGGCAUGCUACCUGCGACGUGAGGACGCUUGAAGAGGCGUACACCACGGUGCUCAACAACGUUAUUCGCAAGUGGGCGAGCCAGUUCACCACGAGGGCCGACGGCCUGGAGUUGACGUUUGCCCAGCAGCUCGAGGACAAGCGUGAGGAGUGGACCAUGAAGCUGCAGGAGGCGCAGGGCGUGCUCAACAGGAUGUGCGAGGACGUCACCACCACCGUGCGCGAGCUGGAGACCUCACUGGUACGCUGGCUGAACCAGAGCCACCGUUCGUUCGCGCAGGAGCACGAGAAGAUCCGUGAGCACGUAGAAAACACCUUGGAAAGCUACGCCAAAAACGCAGACAUGCUAAGGCAGCAGCGAAGGCUGCCGGCAGCGCGCAUGCUGCUCUUCUACCACGAGAACCACGUGAUGCUGCGAGAGUUGUUGCUGGGCACCACGCCGCGCGACUCGGAGCGCAUGAUAUCCCAGGCCACGCGCCACCUGGGAGUGCGUCUGGACAACAUAAACGCGACCGCGGUGGAGUACUCCAAGUUGAUCAGGCAGCUGGAGCGCAGCAUCCGCCACGCAGAGGGAUACCAUGAAGGUCGUGAUCAAACCGAUGACGAACAGCACUACGGUAACGACCACCACGGACUUCGUGGCGAACUCGCGCUUAAUAGUGAGCUGAAACGCCAGACUGUCGUUUUUGUACAGGUUAGGCCGCCUCUUUCUGUCGGCGUCUUCGACGUUGAUGACCUCAGAGUCGUAUUCGUCCUCAUCCUCAUUACGGUAUGCGACCUUGUCCGCCAGUUGCCCCUUCGGCAAGUCACAGCAGUCGUGUGGAAGGUCAGUCCAGUCGUACUCAUCUGGUCCUAUUGA